AUGUCUCAUCUCAUCGCCACCGACGCGCCCCUGUCGUCUCCGCUCUCCGACUCGCACACCAUCCCGUGGGAUGCUCACCUCCAGCCCACCGGCCUGCUCUACCAACCGCAGCCUCACUUUGCGGUCGGUCUAUACCCUCAUGCAUACGCGUUGCCAACCGCAACUCCGCAGGCCGUUCCCAGCCCCCCCGCGGCCGCCCUCAAAAGCAGCCGUAUGGGCACCCCCAGCUCCGAGCCAGAGCAGACGUUGUGUCUUCCCACACAUCAGCUAUUCGACAUCCCGCCCGAUGGCCUCACCGAGUCUGCCGCGCCCUCCCCGUCCCCGUCGCCAGCCCCGGAGCAGGCUAGGGAGCGCCUGAGCAUCUCCAUCAACCCCAGCGCAGUCCCUGCCAAACGGCCAUCAACGGCCCCCUCAAGCACGUCCAAAAAACCCCGCGCGAACACCUCCACGAAGGAUUUUAUACCGCCGGACGUCUCGGGACUCAGCAAACGUGAGGCGCGUCUCGUUAAGAAUCGCGCCGCAGCGUUUUUGAGUAGGCAGCGCAAACGCGAGGAGUUUGAGAACAUGGAAGUGUGA